AUGGAAGAGCGCGCGCGACUGUCACAAGCAAGUACUGCUCCACCUACUCGAGCGGUCACCAUCGACCGAUUCGAAACUCGUCUUCGUCAAGCACAAGCAGUACCGUUUGUCAAUGAACGUCUUCAACGUAUGAACAAAGUGUACGGUACCAGCACAUUGACUGCAGGCAAAGCUCCGAUGAAGAAUAAGUUCACUCGUGGCGAGAGCGGGAACGGCAAACGCUGUGAUUGCCUUAGGAAACACCUCUUGAUUAAGCAAGAGUCGUGA